AUGGAAAAAACAUCAAUCCUGGCCCUUGUAAUUUCAUUGGUAAUAUGCCUAAUUUCGUCCCUCCUUGGCUUUUCCCAUGCCAAGCAUGGCUUGUUAGUUGUAAUAGGCAAAGUUUAUUGUGACACUUGCCGAGUUGAAUUUGAAACCAAACUUAGCCAACCUAUUAAUGCAAAAGUGCAUUUGGAAUGUAAGAAUCGAACCGACGAACGAAUAGUAUAUAGCAAAGACGCGGUUUCAGACAAAUUGGGAAUGUAUAGCAUCCCGGUGGAAGGUGAUCACGAGGACGAACUGUGCGAAGUGCGCUUGAUAGAGAGCCCGAGGAACAAUUGCAACGAGAUGAUGGAAUCGUGGAGGAAAGCCAGAGUGGUGCUGACGAGAAGAGAUGGGGUGACCGAUCUAACUCGACAGACCAACAAUUUAGGGUUCAAGAUAAAACCGGAGGAUGUUGAUACUAAGGCAUGUGUCAAAGUGCUUGAAGAAAUGGGCUUCGUUGUUGAUGGUAAGACGCGAAUGGUUGAAAUUCCGUCGUAAGCUUUUUUAUUCACCAAUAUUUGUAUGAUAAAAGGAAGGUUUAUAAUAGAAUAUUUUAAACCCAU